AAAUCGGGAAAAGUCUUCCUUCUUCCCUCACUCACUCACUCACUCACACCGACUUUCUCCCUCCUCUUCGCACGAAUUCCUUCCUCCUCAGUCCUCAUCACUCCGAUGCACCACCGUACUGCUACCACCGUAUCGCCUCCCUUCCCCGUCAGUUUUCAUUGGUGUUGUUGUGAUUGUUGCUAUUAUUGCGGUGCUCUACUUCUCCUCUCUCAUUUCUGCUCUACUCUCGUCCUCCUCCGUCGCCACCAACAAUAGUCGAGGUCCCAUCGUCAACUUCACUUCAUCUUCAAUUGAGUAAUCUAUCUUAUCCUUUAUAAAUUGGUUGAUUGAAUUGAAAAAUUUGAAACCCCAAAUUAUAAAACCCUAACUUUCUACAAGACUACAGCUAAUAUAGUCAGAUUCAAAGCUCUACAAGACUACAGCUAAUCUGCUAUUGCUAAUUACAGAACAGCAACAACAACACCUAGACAACACUUUAAGAUCUACGACAUUUUAUUUUGGAGGGAAGCAGCAGGUUUAUUGGGGGGAAACCAACUAAAUUGAGCCAACAAACGGAAUGGAUGUCAGUUUUUGGACCACAUUAAAGGACGAAGAUGACAGCAGCAAUUGGAAUCAAUGACAGCAACCAGAAAGAUAAAAGUGAUAAAUGGUGUGGUUGAGUUUUUAAUGUUGACUGAAAAUGGUGGUUGAGGAUUCAGUGUUGGAGCAGAGAAUGGAGUAAAUGAGAAGAUGAAAGGGCGUUGGAUGUUUAAAUGUGGUUUGAUGUUAAAAGUGUGUGUGCACGCGUUAAUUUCCCUCCCAAAAUGAGCCAACAAACGGAAUGGAUGGCCGGAAAAGGUUAAUUUUGCUCGGAAUGUUGGAGUAAGGUCCCAUAUUUAAAACAAUUUUUUAAUUCAAGGUACUAUUUGACAAAAUUAAAAAUAUAAGGUACUAGCUCACAAACUGAGACAAAAACAAGGUUUCGAUUGAUUGCAAUAUGAAGAACAAAACCCCAAAAUCUGAACCAAGACUUCAAUACCCAACUCUCCCCGACGAUAUAAUAGUAGAUCAUAUUCUUCCGAAACUCCCGGUAAAAUCCCUAAUUCGCUUCCAAUCUGUUUCCAAUUAUUGGCACAAAACUAUUUCAAGUAACAAAUUCGCAAAAAAACACCUCGAAUUCUCGUCUUCUAACACUCGAACUAUCCUAUUUCAUAAUUCUGAAGAUUCCUAUUUCUUAGCUUAUGAUGAAUGUAGUAGUAGUUUGAAAGCUUUUGCUAAAUUGGAAUACAAACUCACCCCCGUGAAACCUCCAAUACCUCCUGAAUACGAGAUGUCCAACCUUACUUAUGAGGUGGGAUCUUGUAAUGGACUCGUUUUGUUAAGGGACUCCGAAGAUUGUUGCUUGUAUUUGUGGAACCCGGCAACGAAUGAAUGCUACGCUAUUAGUUUUCCUGAUGUUGUUUAUGAGUUUGAAGUUAGUCCGUUUUUGGGGUUUGGGAUAUAUCUUCCAUCAAUGACUAUAGGAUAGGGUGUUUCUUGUUCCAUGGCGUUGGUCAUGUAUAUGUUUAUUCCGUCAAGUCUGGGGAAUGGAAAAAAACAGCUACUUUAGAUUCGAAUCUUAAUUCUUCAAUGGCUUCACCACAUGCGACUGUGUGUGUUGAUGAUACUAUAUAUUGGCCCCCCAGAACAAUUAAAGAUGAUGAGAAAAGCAUUGUCGAGUUGAAUUUGGUUAGUGGGCAGAUGAAGAAGAACGCUGUGACGAAUUUGCUUAUUGGUUACAGCGAAGUGUAUAUGUAUCGGAUAAAAGGAUGCUUGUCAUUGUGUUGCAUGAAGUAUGUGAAUGGUGACUAUAACCGGCCUUUUUAUGAUAUUUGGAGGUUGAAGAAACAUGAUGAUGACUGGGGUUCUUGGGAGAAAAUAUUCUCUCUGAAUAUUAAAGGCAUGAUGAGACUUCUUUGGUUACACGAGACGGGAAAGUGUCUUGUACUAUACAAAGAAGGUCAACUUAUGCUACAUGAUCCAAGUCAACAUGAAAAAGAUAUUGAUGAUUUUGACACUCAAGAGAAUGAGCAAGAAUCAGAAGAAGAAGAAAGUCCUCUCGCUUAUGCUCAAGUUGUGGGGGAAUAUGCUGAGAGUCUCAUGUCGCCGUAUGGAAUCUUGUAUGAUUAUGACUCUCUACUCUCUAGAGAGUAAAGAACCUGAACCUGAACCUGAAUCUGAAUCUGAAUCUGAAUCUGAUGAAUCUGAAUCUGAAUCUGAAUCUGAUGAAUCUGAAUCUGAUGAAUCUACAUAGAGAGUUGAAGAAAGCAUCAAGCAUAAGUGUCAUUGUAAUAUUUAGUAAGUUUCUUCUGCCUCCAGCUUUUUGUGUUGCUCGACUGCUUAAGCCGCCUUAAGGGUGUAUGUUACAUGUACUAGCUACUACUAAGUACUAACCAGGAAUUACUGUGCUGCUUAUUACUCCAGUAAGAAUCGUUUGCUCUAAUUUGCUAUGUGAAACUAAUUGGUAAGUUGAUGGUGUUUAACCUUUAAGUACUAUCACUGUUUAGUAGUUCAUUUGUUGGUUCUUGGCUCUGUGUGCUUUUGUGACCAACAUAUUUGAAGAUCUCUCUUUGGAACUCUGUUGCAGAACAUUUGGCACUCGAUGCGUAACCUGAAUUCCUCAAGGCUUUGUUUGGUAGAGGGGAUUUGGGAGGAAAAGAAAGAAAAAGUUGUCAUUUAUAUUUCCUUUCUUUUCUCUUCAUUUCUUUUCCUUAAACUAAACACAGUAAAAUAAAUUAUCUUUCCCUUCCCUUCUUUUCCUUUCUUUUCCCUUGAUGACCAAGUAGGGCCGAAAUCAUUUUUACUGUUGGGCCGUCUGGUUAUGUGUUUUCCAUUGCUGACUACAGGAUUCCAUGUUUGUUGUAAUUUGUGUUUAAAGUAGUCUUUAUAUAUGGUGAGUUUUUAUUGUUCGGAA